AAAAUAAAAGAAAAACUUCCAAAAGAAGCGGAAACAGAAAAAGAAAGAGAGAAGAAAAGAUGCUGAACAGAGCAGUUGUUGUUGCUUCUUCAUCAUCAGUUUCUCUCUUACCAAACUCCAAGCCUUUCUUCUUCUCCGUCAAAAACCUCUCCGGGUUUCGCUCUUCCUCCUUCUCCGGCGGCUUCAUUCGUAGAAUCAGCCGUACGCCUCUCCGAAUGACGACUCCUAAUUUGACCCCGAGAGCUAUGGCCGCCGCACAGCAGCUCCAGAACGCAGAUCAGCUCAUCGAUUCAGUCGAAACUUUUAUCUUCGACUGUGACGGAGUAAUUUGGAAGGGAGAUAAAUUGAUUGAGGGAGUUCCUGAAACUCUUGAUAUGCUACGUGCCAAGGGAAAGAGGCUGGUUUUUGUGACGAACAACUCAACAAAGUCUAGGAAACAAUAUGGCAAAAAGUUUGAGACUCUUGGCCUGAAUGUUAACGAGGAGGAGAUAUUUGCUUCUUCUUUUGCUGCAGCUGCAUACUUGCAGUCUAUUAAUUUCCCCAAAGAUAAGAAGGUCUACGUGAUUGGUGAGGAGGGUAUCUUGAAAGAACUCGACCUUGCUGGUUUCCAGUACCUUGGAGGUCCGGAUGAUGGAAAAAGACAGAUUGAACUGAAGCCUGGAUUUUUAAUGGAGCAUGAUAAUGAUGUGGGAGCUGUGGUGGUUGGAUUUGAUCGUUAUUUCAACUACUACAAAAUUCAGUAUGGAACACUCUGUAUCCGUGAAAACCCGGGUUGUCUGUUCAUUGCUACAAACCGAGAUGCUGUCACCCACCUUACCGAUGCUCAAGAAUGGGCAGGUGGUGGUUCUAUGGUUGGUGCUCUUGUUGGAUCCUGUCAACGUGAACCUCUUGUUGUUGGAAAGCCCUCAACUUUUAUGAUGGACUAUUUGGCAGACAAAUUUGGAAUCGAAAAGUCACAGAUAUGCAUGGUGGGUGAUAGAUUGGACACUGAUAUUUUGUUUGGGCAGAAUGGUGGUUGUAAAACUCUGCUUGUCCUCUCGGGUGUUACUUCUAUCUCAAUGUUGGAAAGCCCUGACAACAAGAUACAACCAGAUUUCUACACCAGCAAGAUUUCUGAUUUUCUUUCACUCAAAGCAGCUAAUGUAUGAUGAACAAGAAAGCACGUGCCGCGUCAAUCACUCGGUAGAACUCAGUGAAAAUACAGAGGCGAUCCAUACGUUUAUCUUUUGUAUACGCUUUUUCUUGCUUGUUUUUGGCAAGCUUCAUUUAUUUGUAGCGUCUUUCUUGUGCAUGGCGAAUUAGAGAGCCAACGAGUAUUGUGUACAACCGUCUCAUUCUCUCUCGAAGUACCACUCCAAUCAUGUUUAUCUCACAACUAUAAAUUUGAAAACACC